GAACUCCAUCCCAGGGUGCCCACGAAUUCCGCUCGUCACUUCCGGUGAAUGGGAGUGACGGGUCAGAAGGCGGAGGGGGAAGAUGGCGGCGCCGGAGGAGCGGGAGUUGAGCCAGGAGCAGACCGAGAAGCUGCUGCAGUUCCAGGACUUGACAGGAAUAGAAUCAAUGGACCAAUGUCGUCAAACCUUACAACAGCACAACUGGAAUAUAGAGGCAGCUGUUCAAGAUAGACUGAAUGAACAGGAAGGAGUCCCCAGCGUCUUUAAUCCUGCACCCAGCCGGCCACUGCAAGUGAAUACUGCAGACCACAGAGUGUAUAGUUAUGUGGUGUCCAGGCCACAACCAAGGGGGCUUCUAGGAUGGGGUUAUUACCUGAUCAUGCUCCCUUUCCGGAUCACAUACUAUACACUGCUUGAUAUAUUUAGGUUUGCCAUCCGUUUUAUCCGACCAGAUCCACGCAGUAGAGUCACUGACCCAGUUGGGGACAUAGUCUCCUUUAUACAGAUGUUUGAAGAAAAGUACGGCAGAACACACCCUGUGUUUUACCAGGGGACCUAUAGCCAGGCACUUAAUGAUGCUAAACAGGAGCUGCGCUUCUUAUUAGUUUAUCUACAUGGGGAAGAUCACCAGGAUUCUGAUGAGUUUUGCAGGAACACGCUCUGCACAACAGAAGUCACCCAGUUUGUCAAUAGCAGAAUGCUAUUUUGGGCUUGCUCCACCAACAAGCCAGAGGGAUUCAGAGUUUCCCAGGCUCUGCGUGAGAACACUUAUCCGUUUCUUGCCAUGAUAAUGCUAAAGGACCGCAGGAUGACUGUUGUUGGUAGGCUGGAAGGGUUAAUCCAGCCACAGGACUUAAUAAAUCAACUGACAUUCAUAAUGGAGGCCAACCAGACGUACUUGGUGUCUGAGAGACUGGAACGGGAGGAGAGGAACCAGACACAGGUUCUGAGACAACAGCAGGAUGAGGCAUAUUUGGCAUCUCUGCGAGCUGACCAAGAGAAGGAGCGUAAGAAAAGAGAAAAACAGGAGCAGAAGAGAAGAGAGGAGGAGGAAGCACAACUUCGACUGCAGGCAGAAGAGAGGAAGAAAAGGAACCUUCAAGAAGAAAAGGAACGCAGGUCUGAGUGUCUGCCUGCAGAACCCGAGCCGGACCACCCUGACAGUAUAAGAAUACUUUUCAAGAUGCCAAAUGACACCAGAGUGGAGCGAAGGUUCCUCUUCACACAAUCCCUUUCAGUGAUUCAUGAUUUCCUUUUCUCCUUGAAAGAGACCCCUGAACAUUUCCAGAUAGUGGUGAAUUUCCCCCGAAGGGUGUUGCCGUGCCUUCCCACGGAGGAAGUCCCUGUGCCUCCCACCCUUCAAGAGGCUGGACUUAGUCGAUCAGAGCUUCUCUUUGUACAGGAUCUCACGGACGAAUGAUAAAUAUCUAUUUUUAUUUUCCCCAUGGAUAUUUAGGAAAGAAGGAAAUUGGAAAAAAAAUAAUAAAACACAUAAAAAAUGAAGGUAGGGAGGAAUGAGAAAUUAAAAUUCUCAUUAAAACAUUAUUAUUUUUAUUAAAUAUCUGCUGCUACUGACUUUGGAUCUUGGCAUCUUUGCCCAGGUAAGGGUGGGAGGUAGCAUGUAGCAGUGAAUUGUUUUUUCCCCAUUGGAAGGGGACGAAGGCCAGAUGACUGGGAACCUAAGAAUGCAGGGAGAUGUUACAGGGUUCCUUUUGGGGGUUUCCCAAGUGACAAACUUUUUCACUUGCAGGAGAGGUCUGCAGAGCAUGGCCUUGCAUUCUUCUCCACUCCGGCAAUGGAAGAACCAUCUCUACAAAGGUGGCAUCCACACCAGUCCCUCUGACAGGUCUUGUGGGGUCACACGUGUUGUCAUUUUGUUUGAGGAACAAGAGGAAAGCAUUUUCCUCACUGUAUAAAGAUUUUUUUUUAUUUUUAUUUACCCUUUCUUCCUUCAUUGCUUUUUAAAAGACCAAAGGAGAGAGAUCGGCAGCUGUCUCUGACCCACGGAUUUUCAGUGGAUCCAAGUUUUGAAUAGUAUGUGUAAGGGAUUUGGCUUUGAGCUUGAAGGGGUCAUGGUAAUUGCCAAGCCCCUGUAGUGUAAUAAAGGCAAUAUAUAGCGACUGGUCUCCCUGCUUAGAUGCCUUCCUGUCACUAGCAUACUGUAUGUUCCAGCUGGUCUAUAUUCCAGAUUAUAAUUUAUUCCAGAUAUAAAUUAAAAACAUUUUAGAAUUUCUCUGUGUGUUAACUGUUUGUUAAAUACCAGUGGGCCCAGUGACAACCAGUUCAUGUGAUCUUCAUCUCAAAGCAUGUUCCAGCACAUUAAAAUACAUGUUGUGGUUUUUAUUUUA